AAUUAAGUUGGUUACUAGUUGUGUACACAAUCUGUGGAAUUUUAGUUUUAAAUGUUUAAUAUAAGUUUAAUAGCGUAUGCAUUUAAUAAAGCACGAUCCGCAUCUAGACAGGACGAUAAAUAGUACUCAAGAGUAAUCUAAACAUAUAAAAAGAUAUGGGUCCAAAACCAGUCAGUUUUCCUGAAGAAGACAGAGCGAUUCUGAACAAGGUUAACAGCCUGUUGUCUCAGCUGCACGUGGACAGACAGGUGGGGAGUGUGGAGGAGAUAGGGGCUGGUGUGUUUGUCACGCUCUUCGAGGGGCUGUGUGGGGAGCAGCUCACAGGUAUUGUCCGUUCAGCGGACACAAGAGAGGAUGAGGUACAUAACUGCCAGGUGGUGAUAGACUCACUGGCUGGUGACGUCCUACAUACGUCCCUCACACACAUUGCCGGCGCUGAUAUCAUCGACGGGAGCAGAGAGGCGAUAUCCAACCUGCUCGAAAUCUUCAGUGGUCUUCUGGAGUACAUGCUCAACAAGAUUGACAGUGACAUAUCCACUGAUAAUGAUGAGGAUGACCAGAAUUUGACGACAGAUGACCCGGAUCGUAUCACACGUGACGAGAUUGAUGACAUCCUUGACAUGGAGUUACGACGGGAGAGACUCAUGCAUGAGGCUGUGGCUGUGAAGAAUGGGGGACCAACAGUCGCUUGGGAGGAGGAGCCAAGUCCAAAUAAGAAACAUGCAGAGCAAAGGAAAACUCAGGAUGUACAGAAGCAGGGGAAACCCCAAGAAAUGCAAAAGUCAACAAAACCUCAAGAACCACAAAAGUCUGGGAAACCUCAGGGCAUAGAGAAGCCACAGACUAAAACAGAUGAGGGUGAGACAACAGCAGACCUGAUCAAGGAGAGUGAAGAGAUAGAGCGUCGUCUUGCAGAGACUCGGCAGAUCAUCCGGGACAACGAGGCCCUAGAGCGCAGACUGGCCGAGACUCGGGCACGGGCGACACAGGCCAGUAUGGGACCCACGGAGACUGAUAGUCCCCUUGUGGAGCCCAGAGAAACACUGGAGCCCAGAUCGGGAGGGGACAGUACUCUGGAUCGCCAGCGCGAGACACGGGCCGACAUAAUCAGACGCCUGGAGAAUGACCCACGCUACAAGUACAUGCUACCACCGACCCAGAGCCAGACCCAGGCAGCAGACGAACAGACAGACGAGACUUUCCGCACGCUGCAGAGCAUGGUGGAGGAGACGGCUGCCAUGGCACGUGCCGCUGUGAAGUGUAACCCGCAGGAGGCGCGCUCUCUACUGCAGUCCAUGGAGACAAAUAAACGUUUACCAGAGAGAUCUCGACGAGAGAGACAGUAUGAGGGGUCGAGGUCUAGGACAGCCAAGCGGGCAUCCCCGUCUGCCAGACAUGCCAGUCCCAAGUCUGCUGAGAGACUGUCAGAUAAUGAGUUGACGCCAAGCAAGGCCAAAAGGAAGGUGUCAUUCCUGAUGGAGAGGUCACUUACAGACACCAGUACUGACCUCUCAAGGUCGUCCCCUACAAGGCGAAGUUACCAUGAGUCCAGCUCAGAAAACACCAGUUAUCAAGACAGACUUCGAAAACAGUACGAGGGUAUCGUGACCAGUCUGUUGUCCGAUGAUGACUCACCGGACCGACAAAAGGCAGCAGCCCGCAGCAGUCGGUACAAGGAGCUGGCUAGUCGCCCGCACGCCCUGUACACACUGGGACAGACUCAGCAGGUCGUUAGUCAGGAGAAGGAGGUUGCUCAGAAGAAAAUGGGGUUUCUCCAGAAGAUCUACAGAGAGGACCUGGAUGAACUGACAGAUGAGGCUGACUACCUGCUAGCCAGGAACAGGGAGAAUGCCAGGGAGAAGGAGAAAGAAUUUCAGAAAAAGAUGUUGUCUGGCCUGAAGACAAAACCAUUAAAAGAGAGACAGGGUCCAGCAGUAUUGAAGAAGAAGGUUCGAGCUUCCAACCCGCAUGUAGUCGGCAGUAAAGUGAAGAAAUCCAGCGUCAGUGGCAGCAUUGUCAGACCUGUCAAGAAGAUCCCUUUGACAAUCCAUGAUGAGGAGGACCUGUUGCCCGUCCUGCUGGAUGAGUUCCCCCACCUGCACCUGUCCUUGCACACCUGGCAUGAGCUCUGGCGUAAGGGCCUCACACAGAUAGAACAGAUCACACGAGCAUACCAGGAGGUCAGGCGCAAGAAAUCUCUCGCUCAAAACCAGUUGGAGGAGGCAGAGCAGAGGCAGGAGAUCAUGGUGAACAUCGUCAAGAAGGAGCUCCAACAUGAGCAGAGACUGAAAGAUGUAAAGGAUCGCCGUGCCACAGCGAUCACUACUCGUAACAAGAUACACGAGCGGCGCAUGCAGUCUGCGCGGUCACGCCACUAUUAUGACGAGUACCAGGUCAGAAUGAGGGCCAAGAUGCUCAAGAGACGAACCAAGGAAGAAAUGCUGUUCAAGAAGUUGUUCCAAGACGGCCUGGAGAUCCAGAAGGAGCGGCUGCACGAGCUGCGCAAGUACGCGCGUGAACACCGGGACUCAGAGGCUCGCGUACAGAGGGACCAGAUCGAGUCCAUGGAGAACUAUUAUCGUGACCAGUUCCAGAUGCUGGCAGAGAAUCUCUCACAGGAAAAGGAGGAGCUGGCAGUGAGAGAGAGGGCCCAAAAAAAGGUCCUGGACUCGAUGAAGAAAGACCUCCGUAAGAAGAUGGAGACCGAGAUACAGACGCUACAGCAACAGUUGGUACGUGACGAUGAUGACGUCUACUUCAGACAACUUGACGCUGACCGAGUCAUACGAGACCUCAAGGUCGCUAAGUACCAGGUCCGUAUAUAGCGUCGGGCUCUGGCGCUACUGAUGUCAUAGGGAGGGGAAACCGGGCUAAAUGCAUGUGCGUAAAGUGUCGUCCCAGAUUAGCAGUCCACAUAGGCUUAUCAGUGAUGACACUUUCCCCUUGUAUGGUAUUUGUAGUUGAAAUGAAAUUUCUUCUUAGCAAGUAUCUAGUUCGGGUGAAAGUAUUGUCCCAGAUUAGCCUGUGCAGGACCCUUUAUGCACAUGCGUUAAGCCAAGUCUUCCCAGAACCAGGCUCCAUUCUGUGUGUCAAGGUGUCUUGGCACUACUGAUGUGAUAGGGAAAGAUUGAAGAGCUGGAACUAUUGUGGUGUUUGUUGUAUGUGAUAGUUGUGAUAAACUGAUCUGAUAUGAAUUCACAGAAAAUGACGUGAAGUGUUCUGCUGUAAUUCACUUCAGGAAUUAUUGUGAUAUGUUAUUUUUAAUGUUGUUUUACUGCUACAAUAUUUGUUUUUACAACAGUUUUCACAGUUUUUGUUAAUUAAACACUAGAUUCAAUAGUAUUGCUUUCAUGAAUACCAUUUUAAAUAUAUAUAGAAAGAAAUCUGAAAAAAGGCACUCAUGUUUACAAAUUCAAAUCAUGCAUGAUCUUGCUGAAGCACAUAUUGCACAUCAACAAGUGAAUGUCAAUUGCUGCUGAUGAAGGAAAGUGACUUUAACAAAAGUAUGUUUUCUAAUGAGAUGUACUAAACAAGCUGUCGGUACAAGACAUGUACAUUGUGAUCAAAAGUGGGUCUAGUUGUUGUCUGUUGCUUCUUAAUGGAAAACAGAGACUACCAGGAUGUGAAAUGUUCACAACAUAAUAUUGGAAAUAAAUCAACAUUUCAACACAAGUUUGAAUAUUAAGAUAAGUGCACUUUUUGAUGCACAGGGAUUUCCAAGUAUGCAGUUUGUAUUCAAACUAAAAUAUUUAAACUUCCUAUCAAUAAAAACAACAACAUUAUUAAGUUCGUAUCGACUGACUAGGUUUAUGUUUGUUUAUUUCUCAAACCACCUCAAUUAUGUUUGUAUAUUUCUCAAACCACCUUAAUAUUGUAAAUUUGUUAAAUUCAUCUCGUAGCUGGAACUAAAUGUUUUACUGUUUUUUAUUUCCCUUUGAAAGAUAAUACUACUGCCCAAUUGACAAGGCCUAUUUGAUGCACUUUGUAUGUCAUCUUGUCUGUCAGAAGCCUUUGCACCAAAUGGAAAUUUCAUGUUAAAUUUAAAGUAAAGAAGGUGCAAUUCAUACAGUUACUGCUUUUUGGCCACAUGUCCCAACAUUUUUCACAGAAAGUCCGGAUUUGGAACUGAAAACUUCUGGCAUGUUUGAUAUAAAGAAGGUACAAAAGAACUUGAUUUUUAUGGCUAUUUUCAAUAGAAUACUUCUGUCAUCUCCUUUACACAUCCCAGUAUGAAAUCUUUUUUAUUGUUAUUUAUUUUAGAAAUGACCAUGUGUCAGAAGAGUGUCUCUGGGAAUGUGUCUCAGCUGAACAUUUGUGUCAAAUAAUUGGACUUGUUUGCAUUUUGAUUACAUGUGUUUUUUAACCCUUACCCUCUCAGAAGCAAAGUAAAAAUGGCUAUGUGCAAACAGCAUAAAACCAGACCAGCCUGCGAGUAACUGCGAGUAACUUGCGAGUAUGUCAGGCUUUAUGCUUUUUGCUGCUCAUCAUUACAUAAGGGUUUGAAAUGAAGCCUUUAAACUUGAAUUUAGUAAGAAUUAAAUUGAACUUUCUAUGAGACUACACAUGCAUCAAAAUACGUAUCUAAGAGGUAAAGGGUUAAUGUAAGUACAGUGGAUUUCACAGACUUGAUGUGAGGCUCACUCUGGGAGACCGGGCUUCAUGCAUUAGCAGAAAGAGUCCUCCGAGAUAAGCCUGUGCAGUCUGCACAUACGGAAUUUUUUGUUUUAAGUUAGUCUUUUCUUAAUGCAAAAUCCAGUCUAAGUGUUGUCCCAGAUCAGCCACUUUAAACACUUGCAUUAAGCCCAGUUUUCCCCUGAUCAGCCACUUUAAGCACUUGCAUUAAGCCCAGUUUUCCCCUGAUCAGCCACUUUAAACACUUGCAUUAAGCCCAGUUUUCCCCUGAUCAGCCACUUUAAACACUUGCAUUAAGCCCAGUUUUCCCCUGAUCAGCCACUUUAAGCACUUGCAUUAAGCCCAGUUUUCCCCUGAUCAGCCACUUUAAACACUUGCAUUAAGCCCAGUUUUCCCCUGAUCAGCCACUUUAAGCACUUGCAUUAAGCCCAGUUUUCCCCUGAUCAGCCACUUUAAACACUUGCAUUAAGCCCAGUUUUCCCCUGAUCAGCCACUUUAAACACUUGCAUUAAGCCCAGUUUUCCCCUGAUCAGCCACUUUAAACACUUGCAUUAGGCCCAGUUUUCCCCUGUUCAGCCACUUUAAACACUUGCAUUAAGACCAGUUUUCCCCUGAUCAGCCACUUUAAACACUUGCAUUAAGACCAGUUUUCCCCUGAUCAGCCACUUUAAACACUUGCAUUAGGCCCAGUUUUCCCCUGUUCAGCCACUUUAAACACUUGCAUUAAGACCAGUUUUCCCCUGAUCAGCCACUUUAAACACUUGCAUUAAGCCCAGUUGCCCCAGAGUGUGGCUCAUAUGUUUUAAGUGCAGCUGCUAUUUGCUUAGCAUUAUUUGCAUUUAAAUUAUUGAAUGAUAUUUUACUAAAAUAUUGUGUAUAUUUUUCCACGAACCGCAGAUAUAUACAAUACAGAAGUAUUGUUGAUUGUCAUAUGGUGUACAACAUGUAGUAUAAACUGUAAUGCCAUGUAGGAAAAAUACAUUUUAAUUUUGUCAUUUGUUCAUGUAUUGUUUUUUUACCUUUAUAAUUAUUAAUGCUUUGAAGAGAAUUGUAAUUGUAAAUCAUGCAAGAAAUAGGUUAAUUUGUAAAUAAUAGUAUAUUUAAUUUUGAAAUAAACAUUUUGAAGCUAAAAUAAA